AAAGACGCAUUAAUUAUGAUGGAUAGCAAUAAUUUGGACGGAUUAGAAUUUGACGGAGAGGAAGUAUUGUGCCGUGUGUGUGGAGAUAAAGCUAGCGGUUAUCACUAUGGUGUCCAUGCCUGCGAAGGAUGCAAGGGCUUCUUUCGGCGGAGUAUCCAGCAGAAGUUGAAGUAUCGGCCGUGCGUCAGGAACCAACAGUGCAACAUUACUAGGGUGAAUCGAAAUAGAUGCCAAUAUUGCAGACUAAAGAAAUGUAUCGCAUCGGGCAUGUCGCGAGAUGCUGUACGAUUUGGUAGAGUUCCCAAAAAGGAAAAGGCUAAAAUCCAAGAACAAAUGCAGAAAUUGAAGUCUCAGUCAACAAGUGGGGAGUUGGCAAAAUUGCUGGAGAUGGACAUCAGUUUUUCUAAGCUGGUGUUGGAUGCGUAUCGGACAAUGUCCUGUGCCACCAUUGGUCAUAUGGUCCAAGAGGGGAAAGACAUGCCAAAUAAAAACCUGCCCUUUGUUGACUGUGUUCAGAAAAGGGUAAUGGAAAUUUCCUUUAAUUUAUUUGUCUAUCAGGUAUGCCCACUGCACUCGACAAGAGCGCACAUGAUAAAUAAUGGACACAAUAUUGAGAUAAAUAAAUCUGGACAAAACAAUAAUGAUAAAAUGGAACUGUUCACAACUUCAAUACAAAUUGUGGUGGAAUUUGCUAAGAAAAUACCUGGAUUUUUACUCCUUUGUGUUGAAGAUCAGAUUACCCUUUUAAAGGGAGCUGUUUUUGAGGUUCUUCUCCUCCAGUUUAGUCAACUAUUUGAUACGGAUUCCAAAUCAACAAUUACUGCUGCUGGCCAGUGUUAUAGAAUGGACAGUAGGAAGAGUUACAGAGAAGGAUCUCUCAUGGAUUCUAUGAUUUCAUUUGCUGCUCAAAUAAAUGGAUUCAACUUGAAAAGAGAAGAAACAGCCAUGCUGUGUGCUUUAGUUCUAACUGCCCCAGUAUUUUUAUUCAAGGGAGCUGUUUUUGAGGUUCUUCUCCUCCAGUUUAGUCAACUAUUUGAUACGGAUUCCAAAUCAACAAUUACUGCUGCUGGCCAGUGUUAUAGAAUGGACAGUAGGAAGAGUUACAGAGAAGGAUCUCUCAUGGAUUCUAUGAUUUCAUUUGCUGCUCAAAUAAAUGGAUUCAACUUGAAAAGAGAAGAAACAGCCAUGCUGUGUGCUUUAGUUCUAACUGCCCCAGAUCACCCUGGCUUGAGAAACCCAGAUAUGAUUGAUGCCAUUCAAAAUAGAAUAAGCUGUGAACUGCACACCAUAUUACUGCUAAAUCACCCCAAGGACCAAGCAUUGCAUGGGAAACUAUUGAAACUGAUCCCUGACCUCCGGACUUUAAAUGCUCUACAUUCCCAGAAAUUACUAGACACAGAUUACCAGCACCUUCAAGGUCAACACCAAGCCACUAGUGUGAGUGAACCUCUACCUGAACAGUGUAGAGAUAUUGAAAUGAAAGAGGACAGAGCUGCCAUACCAGAGAUUGUUCACAAGAAUGAACAAAACCAACAAAAUACUACACAAGCCUCAGAUAUAAAACCAUCUCCUUGUAUGUAUGGAAAGAAGAACAAUGGUGGCUUUCUGGUGGAAUUGGAAGAAUCAGUGAGCACAGGUUUUCUUUCGACUGGUGGUAAUCCAUUUCAAGACCGAAGGACAUUACAAAGUGAUGAAAGACAACAAAAUCUAAUUAACAGGGAUAAUGACCAAGGUCUUCCAUCCAAUUUCCAUGGAAAAAAGUUUGGAUCAGCAGUGUCUCAGGGCAGUGACUUGAGAAAAAAACUGACAACAAAACUACUUCAAAAGUUGAAUGGAGAGUUGACAGCCAGUAGUGGGCAGCACCAGCAAUGGCAAAGUCAAGAUGCAACAAACAGUGAAACAAAUCUUUGGGAACAAAGGGAUAAAAUGUAUCCAAGCACAGCAUUACCACGAUCAAACGUUCUCAAGAAUAAUCAGGAUAAUUUCACUGAAGUUAUGAGUGAGGAAGGCCAAAAUUCAGACUCUGUUAAAAAAAGAUUGAUCAUCAAGAGAAUGCCUCUUUUGUGCAAUGCCCUCUCUACUCCUCUACCUAUAGUCUUUAAUGAAACCAACCGUUUCAUUCAGGGACCAUCCUGCAGCUCUGAUGGUGCACAAAAUCACCAAAUGCCAUCAACAUUGAGGCAAAAUCAAGAAAAUGGAAGCAAUUACAACAUGGGGCCACCAGGCAAUGGAGCUGCAAGUCCUGACCUUAUGAAGGGCUCUUCAGCCAACCCCGCUGUUAUUCCCUCGGCUAAACAAAUGCAAGUUUCUUAUUCAAAUACAGGAGUGGUUCAACAAAAUCUUCCACAAUGUGAUACAUAUGCGUGCCAAUCUUUACAUGAAAAAUUGAAACACACAAGUAACUCUUUUAGAGAGAACAGAAACAUCCCAUUUGGAAGUCAUUGUAAGAAUGCUGAUGACAGUCGUACUGUAAAACAAAGGACAUCUUAUCAAGGACACAUGCUUUACGAUUCAAGGAAAGCCUCACAGUUCUACAACUCAACCAAAGAUUGGGAUGGAAAACAAACUUUUCUGACAGAAGAUCCCAAUUUUGUCCCAAAAUUUGAUGAAGGAAAAGUUGAUUAUUGUAAUGAGCUCCAUUAUUUUCCAGAAAUGAACACAGUGUCAGCAACAUCUGACUGUCACAAACAUGUUCAUCCUAAUUUAAUGAGGUAUAAUAAUUAUGAUGGGUCUUCAGAUCCUAUGAAACUGAAGAAUCUGUUUCCUAAGGUUGUCAACCAAGAAUUUACAAAUAGUUACUUCAUGCAGUACCACUAAUUAAAACCCAUACAUGUAGAUAUGAUAAUUAAUUUUUAUAGGUAAAAAGCAUUAAUAUAUUGUGUUGUGACAUAUUAUUUAUUCAUGUCUUAAUCUGUAUAU